CGGCUGUGCUCAGGCCCGUGCCUGCGCCCUGUCCCGGGGACUUUGUCCUGAGGGUGGACGUGACGACCGAUGACGACCACUGAUGUUGAUGAUUUUCCUUUCUGGUCGUGGGCUGCAGGCCAGAGAAGAGCGAAUCGUGGAACUGGAAAUGGAAAACGCUGGUCUCCUCCUGAAGCUGGCAGAGUGCCAAGGGGUGGCGGGGACCAGGAGGCCCGAGAGCCGUCUGCCCGGGAGACGCCUGCCGCUCCUCCAGCUCCAGCAGGCGGCUCAGAAGCUGAGGCAGGACCUCCGGGAACUCCAGGCGUCCUCUGUGGAGCUUCUCAGGAGUUGCCGGGACCAGCAGCAGGCCUGUCUGUCCGAGAUUCUCGCGGCCACCCGGGGAGCGCAGCGGCACCUCGAGGCUCUGCCUUCGUGGAGGGCCAGGGCCUUGCGCCUGGAGCAGUCCUUGCAGGAGGCGCGCGCCCGCUUCCACCGCGAGAGCCAGCGGCGCCAGCAGCUGCACAACUGCCUGGUGGAGCUAAGGGGGAACAUCAGAGUCCACUGUCGGAUCCGCCCGCCGCUGACCCUGGACGACGGGCCCGGCAGCCCGGUGUCACACAACAGCCCUGCGUCUGGAGAAGUGGCCCACGCCGUGGAUGAGGAGACCGUCCUGUUGAGCUGCCGCCGGCCCGGCCACCCUUCCACUCAUAAGACAUUUAACUUUGAAAGAGUCUACGGCCCAGCCGAGGGUCAGGGGUCGGUGUUCGCGGACGUGGGCCCCCUGCUCACCUCUCUCCUGGACGGGUACGAUGUUUGUGUCAUGGCCUAUGGGCAGACCGGGAGCGGGAAGACCUACACCAUGCUGGGCCCGCCUGCCCCGCGCGCGCCCCAGGGCCACGCAGGGAUCAUCCCCAGGGCCGCGGAGGAGCUCUUCAGGCUUAUUUCAGAAAAUCUGCCCGAGAGCCCCAAGGUCGAGGUCUCGGUCAUGGAGGUUUACAACAACGACAUUUUUGACCUUCUGGCCAAAGACAGCUGCACAGCCACGUCCGGGGUCCGGCGCGAGGUGCUGACCACCAAGGAGGGGAGAAAGGAGGUGUCCCCGCUGACCUGCGUGCCUGUCUGGAGCGCAGGGGAGUUGAUGGAGCUGGUGGGUGCAGGCCUGCAGCUCAGGGCGAGGCGCCCAACCUCGGUGCACGGGGAUUCUUCUCGCUCUCACCUGAUAGUCACCGUCACUCUCACCGCAGCCGCCUCCGGGGACAACACGCCAGAGCCACGGUCAAGUCCAUCACUGCCCCGGGAGCCCGAAUGCCCCUCGCCCCAGCUGCCCGCGACCGGGAGGAGACAGAGUCCUUCCCGAAGAGCUUCGGCCAGGUCCCCGGGGGCCCCGCCUGAGAGCCCCGCCCGGCACACAGGGCAGGUGCGCGCCAAGCUGCAGCUGGUGGACCUGGCGGGCAGCGAGUGCGCAGGUGUGUCUGGAGUGAGAGGACCGGCCCUGAGGGAGACAUCCUUCAUCAACCGGAGCCUGGCGGCCCUCGCAGACGUCCUGGGCGCCCUGGCGGAGCGCAGAGGCCACGUCCCCUAUCGGAACAGCAAGCUUACCCACCUGCUACAGGACGCUCUCGGAGGAGACGCCAAGCUGCUGGUGAUUGUCUGCGUGUCCCCCGGCGAGCAGCACGUGGCAGAGACGCUGCAGAGCCUGGGCUUCGGGGCCCGCGCGCGGCAGGUGGAGCGGCAGGUGCAGCGGGGCCGCCCCGCCCGCAGGAGGCCCAGGCCUGAUGCUUUCGGUGGCCCGGGCCUGGGCAGCCCCACUGGGCACAUGGACACCUCCUGCACCAGGCCCUGCCCGGCAGCCCAGCAGGCCCACGCCACCAUGCUGACCCUGGCCCUCACCCGCGCCGUGCUGUCUAGGAUCUGCCUACCCAGAGCUGGCACCUGA